AUAUAAAGGGACGUCAGUAGUUUUUGUAACAUUAAUGUUUACAUAUUUUCUCUUGCAAUUUUAUUAUCGAUCAUCAUUUCAGUCCUUUAAUUUAUAUAGAUAAAUAGUUAAGAUGGAAGAAUCAAAGAUAGAGAGUACUGAAGCCACAAGGCUAUCGCCCAAGAAUGAUUCAAAGCUGACGAAAGAAGAAUAUUUUCGUCUUCUUCAAGAAUGGGUGAAUCUACAGUCAGCAUUCCGUGCAAUGGCUUAUUUUCCAUUAGCCAUGACUCAAACAAAUCAGUCAUCAGUUCCAACAGCAAACGGAGGAACGAACAUUUCUCAACAACAACAACCAGCAGCUAAUCAACAGUUUGGUUCAGGAAGAUGGUUCGAUCCAGCUCGAACAGAAGAAAUUAUAAGAAAUAACGGAGGAUAUGAGUUAGUGAUCAGUCCAUUGUAUAAAAGAUUCCUAGCUGAGGUCAUCGACACGGUCAUACUUUUCAUUGUGAAAAUUUUGUUUUUUGUUGUCGUUAUGGAUUUCUUUGAUAUUCACAUUGGCUUAGACAUUGACAUUAACGACUUCAAAGACAUGAAAUUCCUUGAAGAUGACUACACCCAACUACUUAGUUUCAGUAGUGAUUUUCUUCUACUCGAGAUACUUACAAAAAUUGUUUCAUCACUUUAUGAAGCACUUUUCACUGUGAGACUUCACGCUACACCGGGGAAACUUAUUAUGGGGAUAAGAAUUCUUCAAGCUGACGCUGUUCUUCCACUUGAAGAACAAAUCAAUCAUCAUGGAUUCAGAGCAUUAGUUUUUCCAGCAACACAAUUAACUUUUGCUAGAGCCUUAGCUCGAUCAUGCGCCAAAAAUUUGUUGGUGACGUUACUUUUUCCAUUAUACUUCAGAUAUAUUUUCUUCUUCAAAUCAAACCAAUUAAUUUAUGAUCUUUUAGCUAAAACAGUUGUCGUUAAUUUUAAUCCAAAUCCAGUUUUACGUCGACGGAAUCAAUGAAAUUGUUCGUCGUUUAUUCGUACUGUUACCAAUUACCAAAAACAAAAACUACACAAAAACAUUUUUAUUUAAUUAUGUACACUGACAAAAUGAGGUAACUUCUAUUUAAAAGAAAUUUAUAUUGGCAUGGAUGAUGGAAAAUAAAAAUUUAAAUAUAAUUUAAAUUACAACAUUCUUAGAUAUUUCGAUCAGUUCCUUAACUUUGAUAGGAUCACAAACCAUUAAUGGUUGUAGAUCUUCAUUUCCUCCACCCAUUGAUAAUUUUCC